AGUGUCGCCCGCGUUGUCAGCGUCUUGAUCCGGCUGUGAGUUUCGUUUCGUGGAGGAGACAGGUCUCAAUUUAGACUGUCUGUGCGGUUUGUUUCGGCUGAGCCUGCGAAUCACGGGAAGCUCCCUUCUGGUCAGGCAUGCCUUCUCGGUAACCCGAGGCGGAUUUUGAGGUGAUCUGUACUCUAUUCGAAAUAGUUCGGAGCUUCGAUCCGGCCACUCGGCAAGAUGCGAGCGGCUGCGCCCGCCGUGAUUCUCUUCUUGGUUCUGGUGACCGCCCAGGCCGCAAACUAUAGGCGUUUCGUAGACUACAUGAUAAGAGGAACCGACGUAGAAGGUUUCUGUGAGCAGUGCGAAUCCGUCCUCCAAUUGCUCAAAAAUGAUCCCCAAGGCACUCUCGAUAGCGCGCUGAACGCAUGCAAGCAGACACAGUACUUCACUCCUCGCAUCUGCGAUGAAGAGCACCGCAUGUACGCCGGCUCCGUCGUGCAAAUCAUCGAGCAACUGAACACAUCUUUCGAUCAAGCUUGCAAGUUUUUGAGCAACGGAGCUUGCGGCGCGCCAGACAUCGAUGCCUAUAAGUGGACCGUCCACCUAGAUUCUAUUCAGGAUGAUGCCACCUUCCAUCCGCAACACUUCCGCCACCUUGAACAGGAGUGGAAGAACACACAUCUGUCGAUGUUGCACAUCACGGAUACCCAUUUCGACGAAGACUAUGAGGUGGGAGCGGCCGCCGAUUGCAACGAACCGAUCUGCUGCACAAAAUAUCAGCCCCAGGCAACGGACCCUGAAAAUUUCGCAGCGCCCUGGGGCUACCCCUUCGGGAAAGCUUGCAACGUUCCUUUUCGUACCGUGGAGAACAUGCUCCAGGACAUCGAUAGGAGCCGACACGUCAGCUUCGGCAUUUGGACCGGCGACAUCAGUCCUCACGCCUAUAUCAACAUGACGGACGAAAGGGCUAGACGAGACAUCCAAGAGACAACUGCUGUAAUCAAGCGCUAUCUCGGUCAGGCCAAGAUCUAUCCCGCCAUCGGCAAUCAUGACGCUUUUCCCGGACGGCUCUUCCCUCAACCUGGAGUGAACGCCGCAGAGUAUUCGGUGAAACCACUGUACGAAGAGAUGUGGAACCUGUGGUACGAAUGGCUGCCAGCCGACCAAGAGCGAAUCUUCAAGUACGGUGGAUAUUACACCGCCAAGGUUCAUGAUCGGCUCCGUAUAAUCGCAUUGAACACGAACUUCUGCUACACAUACAACUGGUGGUUAGUCCUGGGCGCAAAUGACCCAGCCAGACAGCUGCAGUGGAUGAUAACUACGCUGGAAGAGGCUCGCCGUUACCGGGAGCGAGUCUUCAUAAUCGGUCAUAUCCCGCCCGGCUCGAGCGCGUGUAACAGCUAUUGGGAAGAGGCCUACUUCAAAAUCGUGACGAAAUUCCAACACACUAUCACAGGACAGUUUUUCGCGCAUAUGCACACGGACGAGGUGAUCCUCGAUUACAGCGAUCCCAUGGACAAGGAGAAGCCCACUUCGGUUUUGUACGUGACCCCAGCCGUGACAACUUCCUGGAGUGGCAUGCCAGAGUACAGGAUCUAUCAGACUGAACUCGGUGAGGUGGUCGACAUCGAGACUUAUUUCCUCAACUUGACAACCGCCAACGCCGGCUAUUUCAAGAUACGCGAGAGCGUUCACGAGAAGGUCCGGGAGGAUUUUAAAGAUAUGAGCCCGUUCCGACGACGUGCAAUGGAGAAAGUACUCUAUGGAGUGCCCCAUUGGGAACUAGGCUACUCCGCGCGCAAGUCCUACGGUUUGAAGAAGUUCGACGCUGCUCACUGGCAUCAAUUGAUCAAAGCGUUCGAUACAGACGACAAUCUGCUGCAGACAUUCUACAAACACUACCGACAAUUCAGGGAAAAUGUCGUGAGACUCGAGAAACCCUGCGAUGAGGCUUGUAAGAAGAAACUGAUCGCGAAUAUGACCAGCAAGCGCUCGACCCGAGCUCGGGAACUGCAGCGCUAAAUCUCUUUUCGAGCCGAGAACAGAAUACGACCACGAGGGAACCAAAACCGCGAUUCCCGCGGAAGAGAGAAAGCGACAGCAUCAUCGAAAAGACAACACAAGAGUCGAAACCGAAAUUUCGACGCGGAUCCAUGAACAAGAAUACUUACAAAAACUCUAUCUUGGAUUCCUAUGAAUAAAAUUUAUUACCUUAUCGAA